GAACGGGAAGAGCGUUGUUCGUCGUCGUUGUCGUCGUUCGUUCACAUCACGGGGUCCUUACCAGGGCAGAAAGGGUAUUCUUUUGAUCGAGGAGCAUGCGUCAGAGGCAAACCUGAAGCAAUAGCAGUGAUACAGUUGAGUGCAGUCCCAUCAUGGGUUCGGAAGCCGCCGCCGAAGCUCUCCUCGCGUCCUUUGCGGAGGGAGCUCGCUUGGAGAUGAAGCGGCUGGUCAAGCGGGUAAGGACCACCGGCAAAGAACAGCACCAACACACACAAAUCAACGCUGAGGCUCUGUCUAUCCACACACCUGCUGUUGGUUGCGUGUUGUGGCACGGGCAGGAGCCGCAGUCUGACGAUGACGACCUGGAUGGCUCCGAGAGGAGCGAAGAUGAGGGUCAGGAUGGCGUCGGUGCAGCUGCUGCUGCCGCUGCCGCUGCUGCCGGUUCCGAGCAGUUGCAGCCGAAGAAGCGCGGCCGCCCGAAGGGCAGCCUCGACAAGCAGCCUCGCCGCGCCGCCAAGAAGCCUUCAGUGCAGACCAGGCUGGCCUCGCUGCCUGACGAACAAGUGGACAAGGCCAUCGCUGACCUCAUGCGGCCCGACAUAGAGGGACUGGUCAGCCAGACAGACAGCGGAAGGCAGCGAUUGCUCACGGGGUCCCUCCUGUGCUGUGCUGUCUGUAUGUGUGUUGUGUUGUCUGCGUGUCAGAUUCCGGCGUACCAGCCUGGCGCUACCUUGCCGUUCGGGCGUCCAAGCAUCGCUGUGCUUAAGUUCAUCGCAACCAAGAUGUUGGAAGGUGAGUGCCCUGCCUGUCCUGACUGACAUGGAUGGAUGGAUGGAUGGAUGGCUGGAUGGCUGGAUGGCUGGAUGGCUGGAUGGCUGGAUGGCUGGGCGGAUGGAUGCAGGUGGCGGUCAGUUGCAUUGGACCAUCAAGAACGAGACCAUAUGCAAACUCGCAGCAGAAAGGCAAGCAGGCAGCAAGCUCCGCACCACACCACACCGUAUAGCUACCUCCUUUCCUUACUCUGUCAUGUGCAGGGGUUUGUGGGAGGCGGCCUAUCGUCUUAGCGAGGAGCAUCUGGGCACCCGGCCGCCCGGUCUGCUUCUUGAGGUCGCCUGCGCCCACUACCAGCGGCACCGCAACCCCAGCAAGAGGGCCCGCAAUGAGGAGGCCAAGGCAGUCGAGGAGGAGAAGCAGGGAAAGAGGGAUACCGAGGUCAUCCGCAUCGUCAGGAAGGAGCUGUGCCGCAGCGAAGAUGCGCCUGCUGUGUUCCCGCUCUACCUCUGCCAGAUCGGCACCGUCCCCAACGCAUCGCUCAAGUGGUACGUACGCUCACAUGCAUCUCAUUGUCAAGACGAGAGAGAGAUGGUGUCUUACCUGCCAGUCAUCCAGACCAGACGUGUGUUGUGUUGUGUUGUGUUGUGUUGUGGCCGUGUUCGUAUCGUCAGGCUGAAUGUGUAUGAGCUGCCGCGUGCCCUGGUCAGGGAAUACGAGGCCUCCCUGCCGGCUGCCGACACAAGCCGCAUCAAGAAGGAGGAGGCCCUCGCCGCACUCUCGCUCGCCCCGCAGGACCCGCCCGAACCCAUGGUCUCCGAGAACCCCUCUUCGUCUGUUGCGGCGUCCUCCCUCCCCCCUGGCCACCCUCACUACGCCAGCAAGGUGGCCUUCCGCCGCAAGCAGGCCAAGCAGCUCAUGCUGGAGAUCGGCAAACGCGAGGAGGCCAUCCUCAAUGCCACCAAGGACAAGUCCAGUGCUGCAGCAGCAGCAGCCCCCAUCCCCGCCCGCGCCGUCCGUGAGCUGGCGGCCCUAUCGGUCCAGCUGGUCGAGAAGUUCCCGGAUGUGCUGCUCCCCGACGAGCGUACGCAGCUGGAGGAGUUCGCAGCGGCGGUGCAGCAGAUGGGCAGCGACGCCAUGGCGGCUGGCCUGUGUGAGGGCACCUCAUCCAGCCAUCCCCCAUUGCCGCGUCUGGCUUGCUCUGCAGGGGACGACAGCAGCAGUAGCCCUGUUGCCGGCAGCAGCCACACGGGGGCGCAGGGCGAGGGCUCGCGGAUUGAGGCUUCGGCUCGCGGGGCACCAUCUGGCUUCCCUUAUGAGCUGUAUGAGCACUUCGUUAUAGCACAGUGAGUCGAGUCGAGUCAUCGAAUGCACAACACGCGGCACACGAGAUCCGUCCAUUGAAUUGAUGAUUGUGCGUGUGUUGCUGUUGGUGUGUGUUGUGUCGUAUUGUGUUGUGGGGGGCAGCAUGAAAGUGAGUACUUUGGGAGCCAAGCUGCCUCUCAAUGACUACGACGCGCUGUGGCGGCUGCAGCAGGUGGCCGAGGAAUGGGCGCACGACACCAUACGGCACGCCAGAAAGGAGGUACGUCAGUCCAUCCAUCCAUCCAUCCGGCCGCUGUGUGUUCCUAUGUGCAGGGCUUGAAUGUGGUUGACGUCCUGAGUGAGAGGCUCGCGGCCAUCGAGGCCGAGAGACGCCGCACCCGUGCCAACAGUGCCCUUCCCAACCAAAGCAGGGAUGACGACCCAGGCUCGGCGGGCAGCCACCACUCCCCUCCCACACACACCCAAGAGCAAGCCACACCCCGCACCACCCCAGACACCACCACCACCACUCAGCCUCCCGACUUCGUCACGGGUGCGUUGGCGGUGGAGUAUCGGCGCCGCCAGUCGGCCAACCGGACACACUCUGGCGGGCUGACCCCAGCGACCUUCCUCUCGUCUCUACUACAGGAUGUCCAGGGCACUCAGCCACCGGCCUACCUGCUCAAUCACGCCACCGACAGCGGCCGUCUGGCCCAGCUGCACUCUUGGCUGGCGAGCGGGGCGGCGGUUGACGUUGGCGCAUUCACCAGACUCGUCGUGACGGCAGGGAAGGCUGUCAAGUCAGCAGCAUCGGCAAGCGCUGGUGAUGGUGGGGGUGGGAGGUCGGCUUUGGCGGAUGUUGUCAUGCGACAGUAUCAGGGGUUCUACUACGGGUGGCUGGCGCCCGAGAUGCACCGGAUGAAGAUGCCCGCACACAAACAGAAGCCGUACGCCGACCUCUUGUAAGUGAGUACCGGCCGUGUGGCGAGAUGUGGCGAGAUUCGUGUGCUGACGCCUCCCUCCCUCCCUCGGUGCUGUGUGUGUGUGUGGAUAUGCAGCCUGAAGACGCGUGACUGCUUGAAGGCCAUGUGUGCGAACCCAAACGAGUCCCCGCAGACAGUCCACUACUACCUGCAGCAGUGAGCGGACGGACAAGACACACCGCCACACUCAGACACACUGACUGACCCAUCCAUCUCUUCUCUCCCCGCUCGUGCGUGCGUGUGUGUGUAAUAUCAGGUUGGUCUUCAAGUUCGGCGCGAAACUGGGCGAGUACCGCCUACGGCACCCUCCCACACCCACACCAGCCCCAGCAGGCGCCCCGCAGGCACCUUCCCUGUCUGUGUCCGCUGUUCCCGCCCCUCCCCAGCAGCCCACCUGCAACGGGAUGCCCCUCCCCGCUGCCCAGCCAGAGCAACAGCCAUCGGUGCCGGCCUUUCCGGCCCUCUUCCAGGCCCCCUACGACAACCGCUCUGGAUCAGGCCUUUCGGCAGCUGCGGGACAAGAGGCUAGAGGAGGAACGGAGGAGACAGGGGGCGUCGGACAUGAUGCAGGAGGACAAGUGACUCACUGUGCCGCGAGAGAUCCACCAGCUGCAGAAGAGGUGCCUGAUGAGCCAUCCGGUGGCCAGCAUCAAGAGCCACAGCAGCAGCAGCCGGUGUGACGUGACAGGGCCGUGUCAUGUGAGUGUGAGUGGAUGGAUGGGGCAUGUCCGCGCCGAC